AUGGCCCCAACACAACCUUCGGAUACUGAGUUCCCAUACUCCCUCACAAUCUCGCUCCCUCUCCCUACCAACCGACUUGCCUCGUCAGCUCUCCGAGCUCUCGAAGUUGACACCGAGCUAUCUCCAUUCGUCCGCCGAUAUUUUGCCCUGAAAAGCCCAACCCCAGCAGACCAAGCCUUGGACAAUGAGGAGGGCAAGACAGUUCUCGAGACAACGUACAAGGCUACCACGAAUCGGAUGCUCAGAGUUGCAGUGAACGGGUUUAUGGAGAGCUUGGGUGUUGUUCUUGGAGUUAUGGAGGAACUGGAUGUGGAUGUCUUGCGAGAGGAAAGCAUGGAAUGA